AUGGCAAAGCCGUCCCAGAGCCCUCCGCCGUCCGAACCAAAGCAGCCGGAGCUCAAGUUCCGCACGAAACCCGUGCAGGAACGCUCGUUGGCGCAAUCCUGGGCGGUGCCAUGUGCGUGCCUUCUCGACCACAACGCCCCACCUCCGUCGCACGGUCAAGCGGCCAUCCCGGCGUACGCGUCGUCUGGCAUCGGCGACCGCGACGGUGCGCUCUCCAAGUCGUCGCCGAACGGGUUCUCAGUCCCCGCUCCCGUCCUGUCUCCCGCUCGCCCGUUCCUCCACUUCCCGAUGAAAGACCGCUCCGCGCCGGCGUCGUACCGGAUCCCCCACUCGGCCUUCUCCCAGUCGGGCACGAUCUCCUCCUCGAGCGCGGCGCCGCGGCGGCGGCGCGCGCAGCGGCGCACCGCGCGCGUCCAGUGGUCGAAGAAGACGGCGGCGAGGAGCACGCCUGCGACGGCGACGAACGAGAUCACCGCGACGCCGAUCACCUUCCACUCGUUCGGGCCGGCGGACGCCGCGGACGCCGCGGCUGGGGACGCGGACGCGGACGCGGCGGUGGUGGUGGACGUCGUCGACGCGGGGGCCGUGCUGGCGGCGGGCGGGGCGGGCGUCGGGGGUGCGGUCGGCGUCGGGGCUGGGCCCGGGGUCCCGAUGACGGAGAACGCGGUGCCGGUGGGGAGCGCGGUCGACCCGGAGCCCGAGCUGGUGCGCGUCGCGCUCGCGCUCGUGCUGGGGCCCUCGAGCGCGCUCAGCACCGUCGAGAGCAGGGGGUCGGCGAGCGAGCCCGGCGGCGUUCGUGUCUGCGGCUCGUGCUCGCGCGGGGCGCUCAGGGCUCGGUGGGGCCGCCGAAGAGGUUGA